ACCACAGUAAUGACCAUGAACAACACUUGCAAGAAACCGAAGAUGCUGCUGCUGAUGAAUCUGAUCGCAGCCCUUCUCCUUGUAACGAACAUAAACAAGAGUAAGUUUCGUUUACUACUUUUGUUUCGAUUUGCUCUGUUUUAUUCGUUAUUUUUAUUGUAACUGUUUAAUAACGCGUCAAUGGCGGGGGCUUUGUUUUUUGCGAUCUGCAUGGUUUCAUUGUUGCACUAUAAAAAAGAAAGUUAGUUCAUCUGGGCUAACUUGCUUCUAACAUUCAAACUUCCUCUACAUGGCUAUUCUUAAGCUUUCUUACGUUCUCUUCUUUGUCCGAUUGAUUGCUUUUUCCUUGCUUUAGUUUUAAUGGGUACGCUUCUUUUUCAAAAAAAACAACUGCUUGGAGUUUUGAUUUGGGGUCUUUCUGAGUUAUUCCUACUCUGGCUUGCAUGAGAGUAAUUUCGAGGUCGUAUUAAUACUUGUAGCUUUGUUUCACUGUUUAAUAUUUGCACCUCCACACAAUUAUUUGCGUAUACUCAUCUACGUUUGAGGACUGGGAUUUUGGUUUCUCCAUGUUUGUGAUCUUCUUUUCGAUUUGUAAUGUUUAGGCAUUUUCAGGGUUGUAACUUUCAUUUAGGCUGUUGACCAACUUUAGGAAGCUUUACCGCUUAUGGGUGCUUGCCUGUAUACCUUGGGUCAGGCUGUCUCUCCUUGGUUUUAGGAUUGAUCUUUCUCUUGGUCUCUAUAUGACCAAUGCAUGAUGAUCCUAUACUGUUGGAGUACUUUGGCUGCAACAACAGUUACAUUUGCAAAUAUUUUUCGGUGUCACUAUUGAUCAUCUUGUCAAAAUGUUGUCAUUGUUCAAUAUAUUGAAUACUUUUGCUAAACACUUACUAAGGUGUUGUUGAUAUGACAGUCGCCUGCUAGGAUGCUUUAAUGUUGGGAUUCCAUUUUCUCUCUAAUAGUCAGAAGUUAUGAUGUUUUGGUCAUUUCUGAUGUAGUUUCACAGAAGAUGUCCAAUUAUCCAUGUUAUCCCAUUGAUAGAUUUUUGAAAUUUGCCUCCUUGUUGAAAAACAGUGGUAAAUGAACCUUCUGGAGAAUGCCUUUUUUUGAAUUUCAAUUGUCAAGGAAUUUAAUGUAAUUUAUUGUGCUUGUUGGAAGCUCCAAAUUAUGGAACACCCUUGAUUGGUUACACUGAAUGGAAGAACCUCAUCCUGAGAUGAUGUUAGACAAAGUUAUAAACCUCCCUCUUACUCUUAUUUUUGUAGCAAGCAACUGUUUCAAAGGUAAUGGUUCAUCUGUAAUAUGAGGUGCUUCUGUCACGACAAAAAAUGAUGUCCUUAGACAAUUAGGGCUAAUUCCUUGUAGUUGUAAUAUUCACUUGUGAAAGGGAUUAUUUGUCUAUAAAUGCUACUUUUCUCAUUUUUUUCCCCAUACUUUUCCUUGCUUCUGUAGUGGCCAUAAUGCUUAAAGUUUUCACAAGAGCAUAGAUGAUCAUUGGAAUUUGCUGAGCAAUAGUGCAGUAACCUUGAUAUUUAUGACGUGUUUAAUUACUGCAUGAAUACAUAGCCUUGUGAAAUAGAAUUCAAGUUAAACAGGUUUAAGGAUGAAACCUAAUUACUUUAGAGGAUGUCUAUUGAUUUAACUCUAAGGUUUAAUUCUGAAAGGUGUGUUGUACAAUCAAUUAGCCCAGAGUAUUUACAGUUCCCAUAUCUGGCAAAAUGUUUUACAGCUGUAAUUGAAUAAGAAAAGAGAAAUAGUAUGGUGGCCUAUGUAUUGCUUGUUAACUGCAUAAUAUGCUAGCAGUUUUUCCCUUGUGUUUCAUUGCAGGUAUGUUCUAGUAAAAUUAUCUGACAUACGCAAAGAAGUACAAUGCCCGAUCUGCCUGGGUAUGUUCUUUAAGAAUUUUUUGUUUAAUAUGUUAAAUUUUAUGGUCCUGGUUUUGUUGUGGUAAGGGACUUAUUAGCAUUUCCUUUUUGAACUAUUACAAUUCAUCUUAUAAGAUAGCUCUCACAUGGUUGUACUUUGUUCCAAACUCUUUGCAUGUAUGCUGACAAAAAUGAUGUCAAUAUAAUUACCUUGUGAGUUACUGGAAAUAGCUAGUGACAGGGAUCAUUCGCAAAACAAGAACUGUAAUGGAAUGCUUACAUCGCUUCUGUAGAGCAUGCAUUGACAAAUCUAUGCGAAUGGGGAACAAUGAAUGCCCUGCAUGCCGCACGCAUUGUGCUAGUCGCCGUUCUCUGAGAGAUGAUCCAAACUAUGAUGCCCUAAUUGCAGCCUUAUAUCCAGAUAUUGACAAAUAUGAGGAAGAGGAAUUGACUUUUCAUGAGGAGGAGAAAGCUCGGAAUAAGCAGAUCCAAGCUUCCAUUGCCAAGACUUUGCAUAGGCAAUCAGAAGUUCUGGGUAGGAAACGAACAGUUAAAGCCACUGAAUCUGCAAUUAUAAGGAGAAUGCAGUGUAGCCAUCAAGGGAGGAGAAAAUAUCGAACUUCUGAACCUCAAGAGUCUAACAGUAAUGAGGAUGCCAAUGGAAAUGGAAGCACAGAUUCAUCUUUGGCCGAUGAGGAUCUUAAUGAGGUCAAACCAAAGAGAUCAAAGAGAUGGGAGGGUCAGUUUUCUCAGCCUUCUACAGCUGUUAAUGCAGAUGGGAUUGGUGACGAAAAUGAUUCUGAAGUGAAUAGAGAAUCCUUGGGUGUAUCUGCUGCAGUUGGCCCCUCAGGAAGGCUUCACUUGGGAGCAGGCAGCAUAGGCAGUCACACACCACAUGACAGUUUGAGUGGUGACGAAAAUGAUUCUGAAGUGAAUAGAGAAUCCUUGGGCUUGUUUGCAGCCCUUAGUGGCCUCUCUGGAAGGCUUCAUUGGGGAGCAGGUGGCAUGCGCAGUCACACAAGACAUGGCAGUUUGAGUGGUGGACAUGGAAAGAAUGCCCGAAACAGCCGCCUCUCUAAGUUGGUGGAUUGUCUCCGGAACCUAGAGGAGAAGGAUGAUGAGCUAGAUAUCCACCUGAUGCUUGUCUCACUUGAUGAACAAAGAAUACCCCAUUUACAGCGGCCUUACCUUUGUUGCAGGCCAACUUUGUUGGUGAGACACCUGUGCCAGUAUGUAGCUCUGCAAACUGAUUUGCAAGCCAGCGAAAUUGAAAUAUACCUCGUAAAAGAGUUCUAUUCUAUGGUCAACAUGUCAACCUUUACGAUUACCAAGCCCAGUUUAGCAGAAUCAGUCAGAGAUAAGUUGCAAGUAUUAAAAGAGGAGGAAACUUUGGCAGGACUUGGACUGCAAAAUUCCAGUCAUGGCCGUUGGGUAAGCUCCAUCUCUGGAAUAAAUGUUGAUCCCUUGAUCAUUGCAUCCAGAAGUAUGCUAUUGCUAAUACAUAUGCACAUAACUGCAUAUACAUAAGCACACAAUCUUCCUUUACCCCCUACUUUGGUUACCACAUUUAUUACAUUUGGUUUGUGUUAUUUUCCAGCUUCUGGCAUAUCAGAAAAAGUAAGAGAAUUCAAAUUGACAAUGAAAAGUUCACUGCCAACUGUGAGAACAAGAUGUUACACCAUUGCUAUUACAAAGUAUAUUACUCUAUAUACAUUACAGAACAUAUGGAAUCUCUGAAAUGGAUUUGUGUUUUGACUGUUACCUUGCGCUAGACUAGUUUAUCUCGUACAAACAAGGGGAGUUUAGGAGUACACUAAGUAUUGGUGGCAUUUUUGGAAGCAAUGUGUAGAAAACUAAUUAUUGCAACCAUUAAAUUUAUUUAUUAUGCUAUUACCUAAUUUUUGUCCAACGUUUUCCUUAGAAUAAAAAUAUUCUAUAAAUCUUUAUUUUUUUUAUCAAACGUUAAAAUGAAUGCAAUAAUUGUAUACAUGAUUAAUCCAUAUAAACUGACUCAAACCUUUUAUUUAAUAAUUAAAAACGCUUAAAAAACAUUAAA